AUGCUAUUGCACAGAGAGAGAUCAAACCCACCGGAGUCCAGCUGUGUGUCAAUGAAGAGCGACCAGUCUAUGGGCAAGCCAAUACAAUUUAAGGGAAGACACACAUCAGCUGAUCUGAGAGAGAGAUCAAACCCACCGGAGUCCAGCUGUGUGUCCAUGAAGAGCGACCAGUCUAUGGGCAAGCCAAUACAAUUUAAGGGAAGACACACAUCAGCUGAUCUGAGGGAGAGAUCAAACCCACCGGAGUCCAGCUGUGUGUCCAUGAAGAGCGACCAGUCUAUGGGCAAGCCAAUACAAUUUAAGGGAAGACACACAUCAGCUGAUCUGAGACUCGCUCCCUCUGUCAAAUUCGAGGGAUUCAAAUCAAUUCUGAAGAAGAAGUUUCAGUGUCUGUAUGAAGGAACAGCAAAAGACGGAAGCCCAACACUCCUAAAUGAGAUCUACACAGAGCUCUUCAUCACAGAGAGUGAAAGUGGAGGGAUCAAUAAUGAGCAUGAGGUGAGACAGAUUGAGACACUAUCCAGGAGAGCAGCAACAGAUGACACACCAAUAAAAUGCAAUGACAUCUUUAGACCUUUACCUGGACAAGACAAACCCAUCAGAACUGUGAUGACAAAGGGAGUCGCUGGCAUUGGAAAAACCGUUUCUGUGCAGAAGUUCAUUGUGGACUGGGCUGAAGGGAAAGCAAAUCAGGAUGUCCAGCUAAUUUUUCCACUUCCUUUUAGAGAGCUCAAUCUCAUGAAGGACAAAAAACUCAGUCUUUCAUAUCUUUUUCAGAUUUUGUUUACUGAAGCAAAAGGAAUGCAAAUAUGUAGUGAUGAAUAUAAAGUUUUAUUCAUCUUUGAUGGUCUGGAUGAGUGCCGUCUGUCUCUGGAUUUUCAGAGCAAUGUGAGGUUGUGUGAAGUAAGUGAAUCAGCCACAGUGGACGUGCUCCUGACAAACCUCAUGAAGGGCAAUCUGCUUCCCUCUGCUCUCAUCUGGAUCACCUCAAGACCAGCAGCAGCUGAUCUCAUCCCCUCUGAGUGUGUUGAUCGAGUGACAGAGGUGCGAGGCUUCAAUGACCCACAGAAGGAGGAAUACUUCAGGAAGAGAAUCAGUGAUCAGAGUCUGGCCGAUAGAAUCAUCACACACCUGAAGUCAUCAAGGAGCCUCCACAUCAUGUGCCACAUCCCAGUGUUCUGCUGGAUAUCAGCCACUGUUCUUGAGGGAAUGUUGUUGAAAUCGUGGAAAGGAAAGAUCCCCAAGACUGUCACUCAGAUGUACACACACUUCCUGAUCCUUCAGACAAACAUUAAACAUGAGAAGGACUAUGAGAAGGAAGCGAAAGAUGAAGACAUGAUUUUCAAACUAGGGAAAUUAGCUUUCCAGCAGCUUGUGAAAGGCAACUUGAUCUUCUAUGAGGAAGACCUGAGAGAGUGUGGUAUUAAUGUGACAGAAGCAUCAGUGUACUCUGGACUGUGCACUCAGAUCUUUAGGGAGGAGUUUGGCUUGUAUCAGGGGAAAGUCUUCUGCUUUGUUCAUCUGAGCAUUCAGGAACAUCUAGCAGCUCUAUAUGCGCACCUCUCCUUUACAGACUACACAAAUGUGUUUGAUCAAACCACAGAACAAAAUAUCUUAUCUAAGGUUUUAAACUGGAUGAAUAGUCAUUCAUUAUCUGGGCUGCAUAAAAAAGCUGUGGAUGAGGCUUUACAGAGUAAGAAUGGACACCUGGACCUUUUCCUGCGUUUCCUGCUGGGUCUCUCACUGGAGUCCAAUCAGACACUCUUACGAGAACUACUGACACAGACAGGAAGCUGCUCCUACAACAAAGAGGAAACCAUUCAGUACAUCAAACAGAAGAUCAGAGAGAAUCCGUCUCCAGAAAGAUCCAUCAAUCUGUUUCACUCUCUGAAUGAACUGGGUGAUGAUUCACUGGUGCAGGAGAUCCAAGAUUAUCUGAGAUCUGGAAAAAUAAGUAAAACCAAACUCACUUCUUCACAGUGGUCAGCUCUAGUUUUUGUGUUGCUGACAUCAGAGCAGAAGAUGGAAGAGUUUGAUCUAAAAAAAUUUAUUGGAGGACAAAACACAGCAGAUGAAGUUCUUCAAAAACUGCUGCCUGUGAUUAAAGAAACCAGAUCAGCUCAGUUGUGUAGGUGUGGUGUCACAGACAAAGGUUGUAAUGUUCUGGCUUCAGCUCUGUCAUCAAACCCCUCGCACCUGAAAGAACUGAAUCUGUCUGGAAAUAAACUACAAGAUGCAGGAGUGAAGCUUGUCUCAGAUGGACUGAAGAAUCCUCACUGUACCCUGGAAACACUGCGGUUGAUUGAUUGUGGUAUCACAGAUAAGGGUUGUGCUGUUCUGGCUUCAGCUCUGAGAUCAAACCCCUGCAACCUGAAAGAACUGAAUCUGUCAGGAAAUAAACUAAGAGCAUCGGGAGUGAAUCUACUCUCUAAUGGACUGGAGGAUCCUCACUGUAAUCUUGAGAUACUGUGGUUGAUUGAUAGUGGUGUCACAGAUAAAGGUUGUGCUGCUCUGGGUUCAGCUUUGAGAUCAAACCUCUCACACCUGAGACAUCUCAAUCUGUCUGGAAAUAAACUACAAGACAAAGGAGUGGAUCUGCUCUCUGCUGGACUGAAGGAACCCGAAUGUAAACUAGAAACAUUGUGGUUGAUGGAUUGUAGUGUCACACAUAAAGGUUGUGCUGCUCUGGCUUCAGCUCUGAGAUCAAACCCCUCACACCUAACAAAACUGGAUUUGACUGGAAAUUUUCUUGCAAUGUCAGAAGUAAAUCUGCUUUUUGCUCUGAAGGAUGAUCCGCAUUAUAAACUGAAGACACUUCUGUGA